AUCGAUGCCUUGUGUCCCGACAACAUCAAGAGAGCAUUGAACACUUAUUCUUCAAAUUCCCCCUAGCCACUAAGUUGUGGACCUUAGUGGGAUUGAGCAACUUAUUUGAUUCCGCCCCGACUAUCAAUUUUAGUCUAUGGUGACGACAUGUCAUGAUCUCUAAGAUCUCCCCAUUCCACAUUCUCCAAUGCACCUGGUUACUUUGGAGAAUCUGGAAGUCUAAAAAUAAAGUGAUUUUUGAAUUCUACCAACCUCAUGUCCGUUCUCUCUCCAGAAAAUUCUACAACCAGGUCCGUGAAGUCUCCAAUCUCCACCCCUCCCCCCAGAUCGCUCCUUCCAAUUCCUCCUCCAGCCACUUGGGAGCCUCCACCAGACGACUAUUUAUAGAUAAACUUCGAUGCAGCUGUUCGUGACUCAGGGUGCUCGUUUGGUCUUGCUAUCCAUGGGUCAGACGAGCAUGUGGUGCUGCAGCCAAUAUGCGUCACCAGGGAGUAGUGUAUCCCUUCAUGGCAGAGCUCCUAGCUGUAAGAGUAUUUAUCUCCAUCGUUGCCUCGAGACCCUUGUCUCUCGUGAUAGUGGAAGGUGAUUCCGAGGAGUUCGUUACCAGAUCCGUCAUGAUGUCCUAGAAGAUUCCUUUGGAGGUCUAGUGCUCGGGGUAUGUCGUCAGAUCAUAGACACUUUGUCAGUUUGUAUAUAUAGUUUAGGGCGGUUCCUAGAGCCGCCAAUAGUGUUGCUCAUAGAGUGGCACGUAAAACACAGCUUUUGUUUCUAGUAGAGUUAGAGUCUUUCGACUUUAUUUGGGUGGCUUCACUAGGGUGUCGCUUGUAGCCUUGGGUUAUUUGUAUAACUCUUAUUUUUUUUAUAUAAAAUAAAAAUAUAUAAAACAGUAAGUAACUAAAUAUAUUAUUAUUUUCAAAAUUCAGUUUAAGAAUUCAUCAAUAUUCUCAUCUAAACAAAACAGUUUCGUUUUACUUUAAUUUUUUGUUGUUGUGGUCUAGUAGAAAACUGAAUGACAAGUAAACUGGUUAUGCUCAUAUCUCUAAAAUCCUGUUACUUUCUCCUGUCUCCUUCUUUGAACUUCGAAAUUCUAGGUCUAAUUGUGGAGACUGGAGACAGGAAGUUUGGCAGGAUAUUGCAGGGCAGGUGAGAAGAUAGUCGGGACCAAACUAGCCGGACUUGAUUUGGCAGAAUCUCCUACGGAGAAGGAAGGAAUCAAGAGGGACUUUGCCGAUUUGGAGGUUGGAGCAGUUCUGGCUCGUAGAAUCGUAGCAUAGCAAUAGCAGAAAGGCGCAAAAUUUAUGCCAAUUGAUAACCGAAUUUCAUCAUAAUCAUGGGAGAGAAAUCGAGAAAGCCUCUCUUGGUACUCUAUGCUAGUCAAACUGGGAAUGCCCUCGACGCCGCAGAGCGUGUUGGCCGCGAGGCUGAACGUAGAGGCUGCCCCGUCACCCUGAGUUCCAUGGACGAGUUUGACGCUAAUUCAUUAACCUUGGAGAAGACCAUAAUCUUUGUUGUCUCUACAACAGGCCAGGGAGAUGCACCCGAUGCGAUGAAGGUUUUUUGGAAGUAUCUGCUGCAGAAAAAUCUUCCUAAGUCUUGGCUGGAAGGAGUUCACUAUGCUGUCUUUGGAUUGGGAGAUUCUGGUUACCAGAAGUUCAAUUUUGUUGCAAAGAAGCUGGACAGGAGGCUUCAUGAUCUUGGGGCAAGUGCUAUUGUUGAGAGAGGUCUCGGAGAUGACCAACAUCCUUCAGGGUAUGAAGGUGCUUUGGACCCAUGGAUGACAUCCUUGUGGCGUGGCCUGUAUCAAAUUAAUCCAACUUUCUUUCCGCAUGGCCCUGAUUAUAUCCCUCCGACAUCACAAUUGCUUGAUCAACCCAAAUACCAAAUUGUAUACCAUGAACUAGGCGCUGGGCUGUCAGUAACAGAUCCAAAAAGUCCUGCAAUGGAGAUUGAGAGGGCUCGCUCGAUGUCUCCUGCAAAACUUUCUUAUGACAAGAGUACUCCUGAUGCUUUUCUUAAAAUGGUCAGAAAUGAGCCACUAACUAGGAAAGGAUGUGGGAGAGAUGUGCGGCAUUUCGAGUUUGAAUUUUUUCCAUCUACAAUUAGCUAUGACGUCGGUGAUGUCCUUGAAGUUCUCCCCAGUCAAAACCCUGAUUUAGUUGAUGCGUUCAUACAGCGCUGCAAUUUGGACCCUGAAGCAUUUAUCACUGUGUGCCCCAAGAAGCGGGGAAGCCACCUUCUAGAUGGCUCCAAAACUUCACCUAGGCGCUAUUUCUUUGAGGUUAUGAGCUACUUUGCAACUGCAGAACAUGAAAAGGAGCGACUCGAGUAUUUCGUAUCACCUGAAGGUAGAGAUGAUUUGUACCAAUACAACCAGAUGGAAAGGAGGACUGUUUUGGAGGUUCUAGAGGAUUUCCCUUCUGUGCAAAUGCCAUUUGAAUGGCUGGUAGAGUUGGUUCAACCAUUGAGAAAACGGGCUUUCUCCAUUGCUUCUUCUCCUUCAGCCCAUCCCAACCAAGUCCACUUGACAGUGAGUGUAGUCUCAUGGACGACACCUUUUAAAAGAAAAAGGAUGGGUCUUUGUUCAUCAUGGUUAGCUAGUCUUGAUCCUCUACAAGGUGUAACCAUUCCAGCAUGGUUUCACAAGGGUUCUCUCCCUGCACCGCCACCAUCACUUCCACUUAUCCUCAUCGGCCCUGGCACAGGCUGUGCACCUUUCCGUGGCUUUCUAGCAGAGCGAGCUGCACAAGAUACGUCCAGCUCAGCUGCUCCCAUCCUGUUCUUCUUUGGCUGCAGAAAUGAAGGGGAUGACUUCUUAUACAGGGACUUGUGGCUAUCUCACUCGUGUGAUGGCGGAUUGCUCUCCGAAGCAAGAGGCGGAGGCUUCUACGUUGCAUUCUCGAGAGACCAGCCUCAGAAAGUUUACGUGCAGCACAAGAUGCGGGAGCAGAGCCAGAAAAUAUGGGCAGCGCUGUCAGAAGGCGGCGCUGCCAUCUACGUUGCAGGCUCUUCCACGAACAUGCCUUCUGAUGUGAUGCUGACUGUGGAAGAAAUCAUAUCGAAAGAGGGUGGAGUGGCCAGAGAAGCAGCUGCAGCGCUGAUAAGAAGGUUGGAGAGGGAUGGUAAAUACCAUGUGGAAGCAUGGUCUUAAGUCUGGUGGUUUAUUGUAUGGCAUUGAAGUUCAUUCGUUCAACCAACCGUGGCCUCGGUUGUACAAUGUUUCGGUUUACACGGGACUGUUUUGGAAGAGAAUCAGUGAUGAACACAUUUUAUAGUUAUUAGGAAUUUCUAUUAAUUGUCGGUUUAUUAAUCGGAUUAUUAUGUUGGUUUAUUGUUGGGGGAGUAUUACGAUUAGGUUAUUAUUUUGGGGUGUAAAUGGGAUAAUUGUCGAUUAGUAUAAGUAUCGAUGUAAGACACGUUUAUGGUCAAGCCUGUUAAGAAUAUUAAAACCCUAAUUCUCUCUAGCUGAAAAGUGAAACCUCCCUUCUCUUCUCUAGGAUUCGGCCGAAACCCUUCUUCCUCUCUAUCAAACUUGAUCUUCCUAUUCUCAAUCCCUAGAUCAAUUUCUAAUUGAUCUAACCUAAUUCUCAAUUCCACCGCAUUACUUGCACCCUAGAUUUCAAGGUCUAUCAAUCAGGCUGGGUUAGAUACUUAGAUACAUAAUUUAAUUUGGCUUUGAAACCAAAAGCCCCUCUUUGUUUAGUGCAAUUUGGAAGUUCGGGAAAGUUGAGUGUAGUACUAGUACUGGAGGGUUUCUCAUGGAUAUUCCAAUCAUAAAUGGGUAGGUUUUUGUGUUUUAGAGUCGAUGAAAAUAGUAUGGCGUACAAAAUCGAACAAAAUUGCAAUUAAAAU